AUGCCUGAGAACGACUCGGGCAAGCCUCAGUAUGCCCAGCCAGAAGACUUAUUAUGGGAUACGUACCUGCAGGCAUCUCAGGACGAGGACGCCGCACGCCCGAAGAACUGGGAGGGUAGCACGACAGGCAUCCUCACCUUUACUGGUCUAUUCGCCGCGACCGUAGCGGCGUUCAUUGUCGAGAGCUACAGGCUCCUCUCCCCCGACUCUGGUGAUCAGACCGUCCAACUACUCUCGCAGCUCCUCGUCGCGACCGCGAAUGCAUCCUCGGGCCUUCCAGUCGUCGUAACGACGCCCGAACCGUUCUCUACUCCACCCAUCGCCAUCGCUACGAAUGCCCUAUGGUUUACGAGCCUAUUAAUCUCUCUUAUCUGUGCACUGCUGUCAACUCUUGUUCAGGAAUGGUCUCGAGCCUACGUUCAGGACAUCAAUAGACGAAAGGUCCUUCACGAGAGCAUGCGCGAACGCGCCUUCAAUCACAUCUACAUCCGCAUGGGCGUCAAUCGGUAUGGCAUGGAUCAAUUCGUAUCCUGGAUCGUUGCGCUGGUGCAUCUUGCCGUCUUCCUCUUCGCAUGCGGGCUUCUUGUCUUCCUCUUUCCCAUUGACCACGUCGUGGCCGGCAUUACUACCGCGAUCUUCGGGAUCUUUGUGAUCAUAUAUUGUGUCGCCAGCCUGCUCCCUCUCCUUGACAAGAGCUGUCCAUACAGAACUCCAAUCACGUACUUGAUGGCCUUCGUCUACUGGUCUACGCUUCGAAGCUGGUUUCAUAGCGUCGUCUCAUGGUCGCGCCAUAAGCCCAAUGAUAUCGACCACCCGACACUCCGAGUUCUCCUCACAAGACAAUAUGUACGCGACAAGGAUGAAUCUCUGAAUCAUUUCCCAGACAGCUUCUUGACCGAUGCUCGAAGUUCAUUCAUGUGGGAGCACACGUUCCUCCAUAUAUCGCGAGACAACGAGGAGCAUCUUUUCAAAAUGUUACCUUUCUUCAUUGAGAAGCACCCAGAUAUAGAUGCUCUACUAAGUAGAUUAUGUGCCGAUGACAGACUCAUUGAAUGGUUUUCCUGGUAUCUUGAGCCAUUAUACCUUAUCUAUUAUUGGAUCAAACCCUCGCCAACACACAUCCCCUUAGAGAUAUUCUGGCUUGUGUCGGAUCUCUCUAGGAGGAUGUUCGCUUCAGAGGUUGAACACUACGCUGAUGGCCAUCAAGAGACUGUCGCACGCACGAGCUCGAAGCUUCUGCGCGUGAUUGGCCUAGUGUCUGGGAUCGCAGAAGUCGACGGGCCUGCUCAACUCCAGGCUCAGAUAUGCCUUGCGCAUGUAAGGAAAUCCCUUCUGAAACUGUGUCUGAAGGCGUCUACGAAGAUGCCGACUCUUCAGGAAGCGGAAGUGUCCACAUUAUUCGAAGAAAUACGCGACUGGAAUAACUUCGAGCUUAGGGGACGUCAUCCCUGCGCGAUUCUCCCUGUUCUCGUCUGUGGCAUCUUCUCCCAAUUGAGAUGGGAGCAUGCGAGCGGGUUAAUCUUGAUACCCUUGCAUGAUGACGAUUGUUGCAGAGGCUGGAAAAGUGUUUUGACCCCCGAAGGUCGCGCCCAUGUAGCAGCGUGCAACACCUUGACAGUCAUUGCACACAUAUUGUACUCCACCGACGAGCAAAGACAGCAUGACGGCUUUCUGACGUACACUGCCACUUUCAACACAGAGAGGUGGCUUGAGGAUGGCAUUGUCAUGCCAGGCGAUGACGCAAUGAAGAUGCCCUCCCCCGAAUUCGUGAAUGUUCUGCGAUUGGCCGGCCUCGACGAAUGGCUUGAGCCUGGGAGCACAUUUGAUACUCUACCUCGCGAUGGGCCUGAUCUAUUCCUCAAUACUCACCAUUCCGGCAGGGGUUGUAUCAACAUACUCCGAAAACUCGCAGAGUGCGUCAACUUUGGAGCAUACUUCGACCGCGCAGCAUCUGCCCAGCGUGGACCGCCCACGACUUUACCGAUCCUGGGCACCGACAACACCUUUGAGCAUUGUCAUCUUGCUCAACCGGCCGCAGACGUCUCAAAUGAAUCGGAGCCAAAAUCGCCGCACAACGCGCGAACCUCGACGAUAGGGGUCGUAGACGGUAACGUUGAAAGCGCCCGCAAACUGCUCGCGAACUCGGACUGUGGAGCCUUCGCCCUUGCUGCCGGGGAAGAUGCGGCUAUCAACUCACAGGGAGACCUGGUAAAUAAGGAUUUGGUCAGCGCUGCGGGAACGGCAGCGCAGCUUCAAGGCGAGCGAGACGAGGAAGAGAUGGUUAGAACUAGAGUACCCGAGCUGAGGACGGUCACCAUUGACCGUGAUCGUGAUGCGGUUACGGCGGAUAAAGGGGCUUCGGAUGGAGCGGCGACCGACACGAGAACGCGGGCAGAUGUCAAUACGAGUUAUGGCCAUGAAGAUAUCCGACGAGACGGAUAG